CAACAUGUUCAUUAUAUUUGAGGUUAUAUAAAAGAAAAAAAUCAUUCGCUGCUGUAAUUCGGCCAAAUUUUUUUUAAUUCAUCUAUAGACAAAUUACCAAACAAUUUACUUAAAAUAAAAUGUCGGACUUCGAUUCAUUGGGCUCUUCUUCGGGUGACAAGGAAUUGCAAGAAUUCCUAAUGAUUGAAAAACAAAAGGCGCAAGUUAACGCACAGAUACACGAGUUCAAUGAAAUCUGUUGGGAUAAAUGCAUAGGUAAACCAAGCUCGAAAUUGGAUAGUGCCACCGAAACUUGCCUGGCCAACUGUGUGGAUCGUUUUAUUGACACUUCACUGCUGAUAACACAGCGUUUUGCCCAAUUGCUGCAAAAGAAUCAAUGAACGUAAUCAUGCACAUCGGAUAUAGAAUACGACAGUACAAUAAUUCCUAGAUGGAAUUUUAUAGUCAACCACUUCAUACUAGACACGUUUUUAGGAUAUUCCAAAAAGAAAAAAAUAUUGCAAUUGGAAAGCUGCUAAAAGGGUUUUCAAUUUUUAUGAGAACAAUGAAUGGUAAAUUUUGUUUUGGUUUUGAUGUUUUUGUUUUAUUUAAAACAAAUAAAAUUUACUGAUUUAAAUUGUAAUCAAAAACUAA